CCGCAUGGUGGCGCACCGCGCGCUGCAGAUGUGUCGCAGAUUUUAAAAGUCACUGUACUCACAGAAAGAUCUAGUACGAGGAAAUGGAAGGGUGAAAAAAAGAAAAAAAGCUUUUGAAACUGAAGCUAAAAACAAGCCUGCGGAGCGGAGCUGAGGAGGAGCGGAGCAGCGUCGUUCAGCCCGACCUACUGUGAGUUUAAGCGAACAGAAGCUCCGCCGCUGCGUUAUUUCACACGAGCCUGGAAAGCGCCACUGAAAUCUGAUGGAACUGUCAGCUAUCGGUGAACAAGUGUUCGCUGUGGAGUCAAUCAUAAAGAAGAGAGUGAGGAAGGGGCAUGUGGAAUAUUUACUAAAGUGGAAGGGGUGGCCUCCAAAGUACAGUACCUGGGAGCCUGAGGAGCAUAUCCUAGAUCCUCGGCUUGUUCUAGCAUAUGAGGAGAAAGAGCACCGGGACAAAGCAGUGGGCUGGCGUAAGAGGGGACCCAAGCCAAAGCGUCUUUUUGUGCAGAACAUUUACACCAUGGACCUCCGCAGUGCACAGAAAGCUGCAGACAAGUCUCCUGCACGUCUGCACCUUUCUCUCACUCGCUCACUCGACCCACAGAUCGACCACAUGGACCAGAAGUUCCAGGCCAAGGGAGGCACCAUAUAUCGGCAACUAGUCCAGCACAAGAGGAAAAAGAGAAGCUCCAGAGACCCAUCGGUAGAGGACUGGGGGGGGAGAGAGGAGGAGGAGGAGGAUGAGGAGGAAGAUGAGAGCACUAGAGAGGAAGAGUUGGAGACUGACAGAGCCACUCCAAACAGCUCCUGCUUCUCUUUCUCAGGUAAUGUGGCGACAGAGGGUUGGAGUUCAAUAAUUGGAUCCAAGGAAGUGACAGUGUCUCCAAUGCAUGAAGAAUGGAGGCCGGUCAUGGGUCCAGAGGAGGUAACAGUGACAGAUGUCACCAUAAAUUCACUGACAGUUACUUUUAGGGAGGCGCUGGUUGCAAAGGGCUUCUUCAGAAGCUGGGAACUGGAGUUCUAAUAUUGAGACUUGAGAAAGAGUGAAGUGAAGAGAGAGAGACAAAGAGAAGUGGUAUGUGAGACUUUAAUCAAGUGCACUAUGUUGGGACAUUUUGACAGUUCAUUCUAUUGCAUGAUAUUCAUUAACAUUUCAAGGUAAAUUUAUGAUUAGUACAGCCGACAUCCUCAGCGUGGAAAGAAAUUGCCAUUAAUGCUGCAUCUACUUGCACAUGUUGGUUGAGGAGGGCCUCCCUAUAAGCCAGUGAGCUUUUUAGCUUUUCACAGUGAUUCCAUAAACUAUCAUUUAAGUAAUUAAAAAGGUACUGAAAAGCUACACGCAUGUAGUACUGUAAAUAAAGUACUAGUUUAUUCAAGUUGUAUUAAUUACAAUUGUGGGAUUGUAGUAUAUAAUAUGUAUCUACACUAGUGUUCAAAAGUUUGGAUUCACUUGUCACAUUAAUAACUUAUGUUAUUUCAGUCAAUCAUGACUUACAGUAUGGAUUGAAGUAAUUAGAUUUCAAGAUGUUAUAUUCAAUAUUUCAAGUUGGGAACUCUACAGUAAUUAAUUAUUCAUAGUCAUUUCAUUAUAAGUUAUCUGCCAGGGAAUUAGUCAUCCCUUCUCAAGGCAAUGCAAGGCAUUCUGAAUAAUGAUUUAAAUAAAUAAUAAUAAUAAUAAUCCAUCAUCCAUCAUCUUCCGCUUCUCCGGGGUUCGGGUCGCGGGGGCAGCAUCCUAAGCGAUGAGGCCCAGACCUCCCUUUCCCCAGCC